CUACGUAACUUUUAUUCUCAUGUGAUGUUUUCAGUGACUGACAGGUUAGCAUGGUUACAACACCCGUACACACGUGUUGAAGUUAUGUGUUCCUUCUGGAGCCCGAUGGACAGGAGCAACUAUCACACUUUGGAGGAGCUCUAAACCCAGAGAGGGAUGACUGUGUUCAUGUCGGUAGAUGCUUGGUUGCUUUAAAACGUCGGACGUUAGCUAAACUAAUUAGCUAAACAAGGCAGUAUGAGUGGUCAAAGUCCUGCGUCUUCAGCCAAUGGAGGCAUUACCCCAGUCCAACAGAUGGUGGCGUCCUGCUCCGGGGCGAUCCUCACAUCUUUGCUCGUCACUCCUUUGGAUGUUGUGAAGAUCAGACUGCAAGCACAGAAAAAUCCCUUCCCCAAAGGGAAAUGCUUUGUCUUCUGCAAUGGACUUAUGGAUCAUAUAUGUGUGUGUGAAAACGGCAACUCCAGGGCCUGGUACAAAGCCCCAGGUCAUUUCAACGGCACCCUGGAUGCCUUGGUCAAGAUAAUGCGCAAUGAAGGCAUAAAGUCGUUGUGGAGCGGUCUACCUCCAACCCUUGUGAUGGCAGUCCCUGCUACAGUGAUCUACUUUACAUGCUAUGACCAGCUGUGUGCAGCGCUGAGGCUCAGGAUGGGAAACUACUCCCAAGAGGCUCCUCUUGUGGCUGGAGCCAUCGCUAGAGUGGGGUCAGCAACAGUGAUCAGCCCUCUAGAACUGAUCCGUACAAAGAUGCAGUCUCAGAAACAGUCAUACAGGGAGCUGACCGCCUGCAUUCGCUCAGCAGUGGAAACAGAGGGCUGGCUGUCUCUGUGGAGAGGUUUGGGACCUACGUUGUUAAGAGACGUGCCAUUCUCAGCCAUGUAUUGGUACAACUACGAGCAGAGCAAGAGAUGGCUGUGUGAACGAUACAACACAAGAGAGGCCACAUUUACCAUCACCUUCUUAUCUGGAGCGCUGUCUGGCUCCAUUGCCUCCAUUAUCACGUUACCGUUUGAUGUUGUCAAAACAAGAAGGCAGGUGGAGCUGGGAGAGCUGCAAGCCAAAAACCUAUCCCAUGAGGUCUCUUCCUCCACCUUCAGUGUGAUGAGCAGGAUUGUGGCACAGGACGGUGUCAGCGGUCUGUUUGCAGGUUUCCUCCCCAGGCUGAUCAAAGUAGCCCCUGCCUGCGCUAUCAUGAUCAGCACUUACGAGUUUGGGAAAGCCUUUUUCCGCCAACACAACCAGGAGAGGAUGCUUGGGUCGCUGCAGACCAGCAACACCUGAUAGUUCACCUGUCACUUCUCUCCAAAUCAAACCCCACUACAACUACUGCUGAGAUACCCCAGAAUGAAGAGGCUUAUGUUGCCAAAUAAGAAACACAAGCAGAAAUGGAAAGGAAAAAAGAAUGGACUGCUUGAUCCAUUUCUAUAUAACAAUAUAUAAUAUAUGAUCUAAUGUAUGAGACAUGUUUUUUAUUAAGGAUAUUUGUAAUUAAUGUUUUAUGUUCACCGCUAUUGAUCCUGUACGCACAGCUGAAAUGAAGUGUUUUGUCUCAUAAGUUCAAAUCAAAAUGUUUUGAUUCAUUUUUCAGCCAGUAGAUAGCAGGUGCAGUUUUGUGUAGUUUUCUUACACUGAGGUCAUGUGCAUUGUGCCUGAAGUCAUUACAUCACAGAUGUAAGCGUGAUCUUUAUUUUACUCCUGUGUGUGUGUGUCACUCUGAGUCAGUGUUUCCACUGUCAAAUGAUUCCUUUCUUAGUACUUUCAGUCCCUGUUAACUGUGAAUGUGUGAGAUGGAAAAAAAACACAAAAAGUAAAUAUUUUGCCAUCACAACAACAGUAUGAAGCUGUGAGAGUUUGACCCCUUGAGACUGAGACAUGUCAUCUCAAAGAUUUAAUAUAAGUACAGACUUCUCUGAGAAUUGUUGUCUUCCAUUAGCUUACACAAGCUUCAUCCACACCUGUUCAGUGAUGAUGAGAAACUCAAAUGUCACUAUUAAAUUUGUACUGUUUAAA